GUGUUCCCCGGCCGACACCGCUGCUCCUCACACACACACACCCAUACAUACUUACACACACACACACGCACACACUCACACUCAUGAGUGCGCCUUGCUUCAGUGCGCACCCCGGCUGCUGCAACCUGCCGACUUCACCUGAACGAGCAAACGAGAAAAAAACUCUAAAACAAUGCGUGCAUAUUGCAUUAUGCGACACCGCAGGUUAUUACAACUUUUGCGCUCUUUGAAAAGGUAACGGGGGAGGUGUAAGCGUGCAUGUCAUCACCAUGGAUUGCCUUUUUCUUCUGAUAUGGACUUUACCCAUCCCGCUGGUCGGCUGCAUCCCAGUCAAGUUCCUGUCCACCCUCUUGUCCUGGAAUAUAAUCAAGACGCUGCACAUUUACUGCUCCCACACCUCCCAUACCGUUAUGGCCAGCUAUUCUUCCAGCGACAGCCACGGAUUAAAUCACGACUACGUGUUUGUAACCCCUGUUGAGGUGGACUCUGAUGGAGGAUACCUGACCCACGAUCUGACCAGGCAAAGUCAUCGCAGCAAGAGGUCACUCUCUUCUUCUCUGCACUAUCGGCUCUCUGCCUUUGGGCAGGACAUGUACCUGGACCUGCAACCGUCUACUGUUAUCGGCCCGGGGUUCUCAGUGCAGACCCUGGGCUCGAACGGCAUUGCCACCGUGAUGGAUGAUGUAGGGUUUCACAACUGCUUCUAUCAGGGAUUUAUCCGUAACCUGUCGGCCUCCUCCUCGGCAGCCAUAUCUGUGUGCUCUGGACUGUCAGGUUUGAUCCGUGUGUCUCAUGAGGAGUACUUGAUCGCCCCCCUGCCCCAACAUCUGGCUCAACAACACAACUACAACUCCCCCGAUGGCCACCACCCGCAUGUGGUCUACAAACGCUCAGCAGAACACAUCGUCCACAAAAGAUCUAGUGGGCCGUACAACACCAGUUUUUCAACACCUGACAAACCGUACCUUAACCAUCAUCAGCAGCAGCAUGAUCACCACGACUAUCAGCAUGGAAAGCUGCAGAGGCAACACUUCUGCGGACGCCGCAAGCAAUAUGCUCCCAAGCCUCCCACUGAGGACAGUUUCAUCAUGCCGGACGAGUUUACGAUACCUGAGGCAGAAGGGCCGGGAAGGUCAAAGAGAUCGCCCUUUAACACCAACAGGGUGGGGGGUCUGAAUGUGGAGACCCUGGUGGUGGUAGACAGGAAGAUGCUGGAGAAACAUGGCAGGGACAACGUCACCACCUACGUCCUCACUGUCAUGAAUAUGGUUUCCAGUCUUUUCAAAGAUGGCACCAUUGGGUCCGACAUCAACAUUGUGGUGGUUAGCUUGUUGCUACUUGAACAGGACCCGCUGGGCUUGACCAUCAAUCACCAUGCUGAUCAGUCCCUUAACAGUUUCUGUCAGUGGCAGUCAGGUCUGGUGGGGAAAGGUGGAAAACGACAUGAUCAUGCUGUUCUCCUCACCGGACUGGACAUCUGUUCCUGGAAGAAUGAGCCCUGUGACACCUUGGGUUUUGCACCCAUCAGUGGGAUGUGCAGCAAGUACAGGAGUUGUACCAUCAAUGAGGAUACAGGACUAGGCUUGGCCUUUACUAUCGCUCACGAAUCCGGACACAAUUUUGGGAUGAUCCAUGAUGGUGAGGGGAAUCCUUGUCACAAGACAGAAGGCAACAUAAUGUCUCCAACUCUGGCGGGAAACAACGGGGUCUUCUUCUGGUCCACCUGCAGUCGACAGUACCUCAGCCGCUUUCUUGGAACAGCCCAGGCAUCCUGUCUGGUGGACGAGCCAAGGCAGAUCGGUCAGUACAAAUACCCAGAACCUCCUGGGCAGCUGUACAACGCAGACACGCAGUGCAAGUGGCAGUUUGGCUCCAAGGCCAAACUGUGUAGCCUUGAUUUUGUCAAGGACAUCUGCAAGUCGCUGUGGUGCCAUCGAACAGGGCACCGGUGCGAGACCAAGUUUAUGCCUGCUGCAGAAGGCACCAACUGUGGCCCUGACAUGUGGUGUCGGCGUGGGCAAUGUGUUAAAUACGGGGAACACGGCCCUAGGGCAGUACACGGCCAGUGGUCGACCUGGUCUCAGUGGUCUGACUGCUCCAGGACCUGUGGAGGGGGGAUCAUGUACAGGGAGCGCUCCUGCAACAGCCCAAGGCCACAGAACAACGGUAAAUUUUGCUCAGGCUCCAGCCGUCUCAACCAGCUGUGUAACACUCGGCCGUGCCCGCUCAACGCUGUGGAUUUUCGGGCCCAGCAGUGCGCUGAGUACAACAGCAAGCCAUUCAGGGGCUGGUACUACAAGUGGAAGCCCUACACCAACGUGGAUGAUGAGGACAUAUGUAAGCUGUACUGCAUCGCUGAAGACUUUGACUUCUUCUUUGCCAUGGCCAGCAAGGUCAAAGAUGGCACAUCCUGCUCUGACCACAAAGGAGAUGUUUGCAUUGAUGGAGUAUGUGAGGCAGUAGGCUGUGACCAGAUUCUGGGCUCAAAGGCCUCUCUGGACGCCUGUGGGGCCUGUAAGGGAGACAACUCCACUUGCAAGUUCUUCAAGGGCCAAUACACCCUUCAACACAGGGCCAACGAGUACUACUCCAUGGUAACAGUCCCAGCAGGGGCACGAAGCAUCCGUGUUCAGGAAAUGGAAGUCGCCACCAGCUACCUGGCCGCCCGCUCUCUGAAAAGGAAGUACUACCUGACCGGGGACUGGACGGUGGACUGGCCGGGGAAGUUUCACUUUGGUGGGACUGUGUUUGACUACCAGCGCUCUUUCAACAAGCCGGAGAGCCUUUAUGCUGCGGGACCUACUAAUGAGACGCUGGUGUUUGAAAUCCUCCUGCAGGGAAAGAACCCGGGUGUGGUGUGGGAGUACACCCUGCCACGCACUGAGAGGAAACCCGACUACAGCUGGGGCGUGGUGCGCUCCGACUGCUCCGCUGCCUGUGCUGGAGGUCGUAUCUCGAACAAGGCCAUCUGUCUGCAGGACCAAAAGGUUCAGGUCAACUCCACCAUGUGCAAUCCCCACACCAGACCAACACUGGGCUCCCAUCUCUGCAACACACAGCCCUGCCCUGCAUAUUGGGCGACUGGUGACUGGGGUGCCUGCAGUCGCUCCUGUGGAGGAGGUCAGCAGACCAGGACGCUGCGCUGCCUGAGGAAAGUGACCUAUCAGAGGGAGGAGGUGGUGGUGCACUCCCUCUGCCCCGUCAUCUCUCCGGCCCAGGUCCAGCCCUGCCACACCCAGGGCUGUCCCCCUGAGUGGAGCACCGGGUCCUGGUCACAGUGCUCAAAGACCUGUGGCCGUGGCCUGAGGAAGCGGACCGUGUUUUGCCGCAGUACUGAUCCCGGGGCCAAAGCGGUGGUGGUGCCUGAUAGCAUGUGCAGACAGCACCACAGACCCAAACCCCAGGAGACCUGCGUCCUGCGCCGCUGCCCAAAGAAUGAGAGGCUACAGUGGCUCCCUACUCAAUGGGGAGAGUGCUCCAGGUCUUGUGGCUCAGGCACCCAGAAGAGAGAGCUUCGCUGCGGGGAAAGAAACUCACAGGGAGGGUAUGUGGACUUCCCCAUACGGAGGUGCAGGAAUAUGGCCAAACCCCUGGUGGAUCUCCAGCAGGGCUGCAACCGAGGUCCAUGCCCAGAGCUCCCUCGGGUGAUCGCUGGCAGGAGCGGAUCCAGCCCUGUAGUCCUGGGCUGGUACUCCUCUCCCUGGCAACAGUGUUCUGUUUCCUGUGGCGGGGGAGUCCAGACCCGGUCCAUCCAGUGUCUCCGACAAGGCCGCGCCGCAGCCGGCUGCCAGCCACACCAGAGGCCUGUCACUUCCAGGGCAUGCAACACACACUUUUGCCCCGCUGCCUCCCCGGCUAUGGCGCAGCGCCCGAGCUGGGUGACAGCUGCUGGACCAACACUGAAAGCAGAAGAACACUGUGUGGACCAAUUCAGCUGGUGUCACCUGGUUCCCCAGCACGGUGUUUGUAACCACAAGUUCUAUGGACAGCAGUGCUGCAAGUCCUGCUCCAGCAAGAGCCAGUAGAGCUCUGUUACCUCUGUGGCUUCAGACCUCGGGAGAAUACAACACCACAGAGGCCCUUAGGGGCGAUUUCUCACAAACAACACACAGAACUGUGCUCCACACUUGUGUGUUCUCUUCCUGGAGUACUUGACUAAUGCAUUUUGAAAAAGAAGAGAAAGAGAGAAACCAUGGACUCUUUGUGUUAAGAGUCCAUGGCAUGAACUGUCAAAGUCAUAAUUUCAAUGACCACAUUGUAACUGGAAAGACAAUGCAAAUCACAGAACACUUGUUGUAAUAUAUAUAUAUAUAUAUAUAUAUAUAUGUUGUCGUUUUGUUGAGUGUUCUCCUUUUGAAACCUCUAAAGCUACAAGCCAUCAAGAGAACAGGAAAGGACAAUAGCGUUUUAGCUUGCUUACAUGUUGUGUUUUUAAAGGCGUCUGGUUUCAAACGCCUUUAUUUAAGUUAUUAUGGUCCGUAAUAUUAUGAUUUUACAUUUUUUGUCAGGUGUACAGUGGAUCUGUGACAUGUAUUUCUUUGAUUGGAUACUAUAGGAUUGUGCCAGUCACCCUUGGAUCCAUGUUUUUAUGAGAUUUUAUUCGAGGCAUUAGUAAUCAAUGGUCAUAUGCCUUCUGCACUUCCUUCUCCCUUCACAUUCUCUCCGCUUGUUAAGUUUACUGCUGCUGAAUCAUCUGGAACAAGCUGGGGAACACUUUUCCUGUACAUUCCAUUCAUGUUAACGUUAUGAAAAUAUCUGUGUACGUCAAACAUUGUAUCCAGUCACGUUGUAAGUGGUCACUCUG